AUUAUAAACUCAGUUCAGAAAUAUAACCUCUUUUGACUGCGUCAUACAAAUUUGUUAUCUCUACAUAGUAGAAGUUUUAUUACAGUUUAGAAUUAUCGAUAAUCACAAAGUGGGUGUGUCAGCAAAUAUAAUUAGACGUUUAAGCUACAUCUUUUAUCAUUAAAUUCAGUCUUUUUUGUAACCAAACUAAAUUAAAUUUUAUAAACUAUAAUGGUAAAGCGAUACAAAGUUGAUGGAAUUGAUGCUUUUAAUUCCAAAAUUAAAGAGCUUGAAGCAUUAAAUGAAACCGUUUUUGUUAUGUUCAGCGGUUCUCCGAAUGAAGAAGGCGAAAGUUGGUGCCCGGCUUGUCAAAUCGCUGAACCAAUCGUCGAUGAAGUUCUAGAAAAGCACAAGGACAACGAUAGUGUUCAUUUCCUGAUAGUAAGAGUUGGAGACAGGCCUUUGUAAGUGUUUUCAUCUAGAGAACUUUUAUAUCUGAAAACAUUGACUAUAUUGAUUCUUGAAUCUGUUUCUAGCAGCAAUUGAUGAACUAUCAAGUUAUUAGUGAUUUUAUAAAAAAAACUUUCAAACUUGAAAGCAUUUAGGUUUUUUAUACUGGGAUUGUAACUGAAGAACUCUUGAUUAGGAAAGUAUAAUUUUUCAUUGUGAACAAUUUGACGAAAAAUCUUGAAUAAUGGAGGGUGAGAAGGUAUGCAUGAUUUGCUCUAACAAUGUUGGAAAAUAUGCUUGUCCACGUUGUAAUGUUUUCUACUGCUCUGUUGACUGCUAUCGUGCCGAGGUGCAUUCAAGCUGCUCGGAAGCCUUCUACAAAGAUUGCAUCGCCGAUGAAAUCAAAUCGCAGGAGACCAACCCCGACGCUCAGAAGAAAAUGCUGGAGAUACUUCAGAGAAUGCAGCAACAACAGGAGGCGGGCGAGUUUGACGAGGAUCUGUUAUUUGGUGAUGAAGAAGAUGAUGGCGAUGAUUUAGUAGAUUUAGCCGACAGAUUGAAGCACGUCGAUUUGGAAGAUGCCGAUACGGUAUGGCAAUGUUUAACCGAAGAAGAACGCAAUGAGUUCCAAGAAAUGUUGAAGUCUGGAAAUAUCGACAAUAUUGUACCGAAAUUUGAACCGUGGUGGACUGUUAGGGACGAUAAAAAAGUAGUGGAUCUUGAUAAAGAGGAUGAAGAGUUGAAGGGUUUGAAACAGAGAUGUCCAAAAGUUGAAAACAAGGUUGUACCCUUUAUAAAUUUAUCAAAAGUAUCUCCUUCUAGUACAGUUUGUUACAAUCUAGCCAAUGUGUUGGCAGCGUAUUCAGUGAUUGUGCGAUACUAUAACGGCGAGCAUAAACAGUAUGUGAGUGAAUCCACUCCGUUGCUUGUAGCAGUUUCCACUAAUCUGUCAUCAAAUCAAAACUUCCCCGAUCUAGAUAUGGCUGUGAAAAGUGUCAAUCAUGAAAUCACAAACUGUCAAUGUUUGUCUCAAGUGGAAGGAAUCGGUUUGGAAAUGGAAGAAGACGUUAAACGAUUGUUCAUUGGACCAAAUUUUAUUCAUCCCAAGUUCUACGUCGAAUGUGCUUUGGGUGACUUGUACAGUUUGCUUCGUUUGUCCCUGAAUUCGAAAAAACGAGAGCCCAAUGAGGCGGGUGAAUUCAGCAAACAAUUUCCUGAUUCGUUUCAAAAUGCUGUACCCGAACUGCAGAAAUCCAAAGUGAAAUUGUGUCUCAGAAAAAUCGAAUACUUUCAGUCGUGGGCUAAAGAUCAUUUUCAAUCGCCAUACUAGUGACUAGCAUGGGAAAAAUUCGGAUCAGCUGGAAGGAUCCAGAAUGUGUGUUUCGCACCGAUCCGAGACUGUUGCUAACGUGCAUUCCCACUCUGAUCAAAUGGGGCACCGAGAAGAGACUCAAGGAGGAGGAUUUCGACGUGGAUGAAAAAGUUCACAGCUUUUUUGAUGUUUAAAGUGACUGAUGCACAUUUGAAGAACAGAUUUGAACAUCAAACAAAUAUAACGGUGAUUGCAGAUUAAUUCAAUCUAUAAUUAGUUACUGAAUCAUAAUUAAUAUUAAUCGAUUCCUAUUUGAGAAUGUAAUUGUUCAACAAUAAAAUAAUAAAGAUUGAAUUUUAUUACUCUUG